AUGCGUGUCUCCUUCGCACUGGAUAACUUACUCUUGAACUUUGCAGAGCUCCACGACAUUCAGCUUAUUAUCCCUGGAUCCCUAUAUUCCAACUCUCAGUCCAAGUCUGCGACAGAUGCACUGGCACCAGUGCAGGGAGGCCCUUUGACGCAGAUUGAUGGAAACACGGAUGACUCAUGCUACGGAGUUGAGCUUAAUGAAGAAGUGUCCAUCGGCAUGUGUCAAAACUGUCAUAUCCUAGAGACUCAGGAGCGGGAGUGGGAGCAGGCUAAUGAUUCCGAUGAUGAAGAGAUGGAAGGAGCCCAUAUUAGCUAGUCACUGUACAUUUUGGCAUUUAUGUAUACUCCAGCGAUAAUGGCUUGGAUCUCAGAAACUUGGAAGAGUUACAUAGCGUUGAAUCACAGUACCGUCUUCUAAUUGCA